UUCUGCCGUCAUCAUGGCUGCACGGCUGUCCCGAAGUGUGAUGUGGAAGAAUAGCAGCUGGCUGCUGCAGUGCCCCACCGCCGUGGCCCGGGUCUGCUCUACGGGGGUGGGAAGCUCCUCCUCUGCCCCACGGACCCUCUCUGCCUUCCAGGGCAAGCCUCGGACAGUGGAGGAACUCCCGCAUGUCAGCUUCUUGGAGCUGAUGUACAGAAUUGUGUUUCAGGGUUUCUACAAGCGUAUGCAUGAGCUACAGAUCUAUGAGAAGCAGCGUUACGGGCCCAUAUACAGAGACGGGCUAAAGUCAGUGUCUGUGAACACUCCAAAGCUGCUGGAGGAAGUCAUGAGGAGUGAUGAGAAGUUCCCCAGCCGAGGAGACAUGUCCCUGUGGACAGAUUAUAGAGAUAUGAGAGGACUCGGCUACGGGCCUUUCACAGAAGAGGGGGAGAAGUGGUACAACCUGAGAGUGGUGCUGAACAAGCGCAUGCUGCAUCCGAAGGACUCUGCACGGUAUGGUGGCACUGUCAAUGAUGUGGUUACAGACUUCAUGAAGAGGAUCCACUACCUGCGUCAGUGCAGCCCCACAGGAGAAUCGGUGACAGAUGUGGCCAAUGAGCUCUAUCGGUUCUCACUGGAGGGGAUCGCCUCCAUACUGUUUGAGACAAGGCUUGGGUGUCUGGAAAAGAAAAUCCCUGCAGGUACGCAAGACUUCAUCAACGCCAUCGCCCAGAUGUUCUUCAACAGCAUGGCUGUGGCGCUGACCCCCAAGUGGAGCCGCAGUAUACUGCCCUUCUGGGGGCGCUACAUUGCAGGCUGGGAGGGAAUCUUCAGCUUGGCUAAAGAGUUGAUUGACAAGAAGAUGGAGGUCAUCCAACACCGUGUGGACAACAACCAGGAUGUGGAGGGCGAAUACUUAACAUACCUCCUAUCAAACACUCAGAUGAGCGCUACAGAUGUGUAUGGCAGCAUCGCUGAGCUUCUGUUAGCUGGUGUGGACACGACUUCCAAUACCCUCACAUGGACUCUGCACCUGCUGUCCAUGCACCCUCAAAUCCAGGACAGUCUUUACAAAGAAGUGUCCACACUGGUACCAGCAGACCGGAUCCCCUCCGCUGCAGAGGUCACUCAGAUGCCGUAUUUAAGGGCUGUUAUUAAGGAAACACUGAGGAUGUAUCCUGUGGUUACUACGAAUGCAAGGGUCAUUUCAGACAAGAACGUUGUUAUUGGUGGAUAUCUAUUUUCGAAGAAAACUUCUUUCUUGCUUUGCCUCUAUGCCAUCAGUCAUGAUGAGGACACAUUCCCAGAGCCGUUCACAUUUAAGCCGGAGAGGUGGCUCCGGGACGGCCGUGAGAGGCCACACCCCUUUGGCUCCAUCCCGUUUGGCUUCGGAGUGAGAGGCUGUGUCGGGCGCCGGAUUGCUGAGCUUGAGAUGUAUAUGGCUCUGUUUCGGCUAAUCAGGCAGUUUGAAAUCAAACCAGACCCCACAAUGGGAGAGUUGAAAUGCAUCAGCCGCACUGUUCUGGUACCAGACCAGCCACUGACCCUGCACUUUGUAGACAGAGGAUGUGAAAACGCAGCUUGAUUUGCUUUUGCUUUGGUUUGAAUGCAAAUGUUGCAUAUGAGUGAAAACAUUUCAGGAAUGUCUGAUGUAUUAAGAAAGUGAAACCGAAACAGCAGGUUUAAAACCUUUGCUAUAACAAAUGCGUAAAGUGUAAAUAUAAAAUGCACACUUUUAAGUGUAUAUGUAAUUUUCUCUAAAAUAAAAAGAAAUGCUAUAAUUUCAUUCAGCUGAACCACUGAGCACUUCUGGAAUGCUGGCAAUAACAUAACCCGGGGUCAUUGUCCACACAGACCCUGCAGGAUGCUAGCUUUACAUCAUGCUUUUCUAAGAAGAGAUAUGAGAACACAGAGUAGUGGCUACAUGGAUUUUCCUGGAAACUUGCUUUUUAUUAAAUGGUCUACUUGUCUCUGCUUGUAAAAAAGAGUAAAAUUAUAUUUUGUAAUCAGUAUUUUGCUGUUAGUGGAGACAAGACUGCAUUUGAAGCAUUUUAAUUGUGUAUUCAUUGUAUAGGUGUGAAUCAACUGCAGUCUAUUUGUAUU